AUUUUUAUGAGUUGGUGUACCUUCCGGUGGCACAUCUGUUAGCGAUGCAGAUCGUUUUGUAUAUAGAAAUUCAUGCAAUCAGGAAUUGACAGUCCGAACAAAGGAACCAUAUUUACGCGCCUCCCGUUUGAAAUGCUCACAGAGCAAAAAAAAAGUUACUUUAUGGGCUUUUUUAACUAAUUUACGAUCGAGGGAAAAUCGCCUUCGUUGGCAAACAUAUUUUUUUGUGUAAUUUAUAUAACUAAUCCCACAUCGUAAAGAAUUAAAAGAUGACAACUAGCAAAAGCAUGACUAAAAAAAACCGAUCAAUUGAGGAUAUUUUGGGAGAUAUCAAAGAAAAUAGCUCUAGUAAACCUCUCAAUCUUCAACAAAAGUGUACAGAGGCUUUAGAACUUCUUUCAAGUGAGGAAUCGAUGAAACAAAAAGAAACAUGGCAGAUACGGCAUGUUAUAUUACAAACACUAAAACACGCUUUAGAAAGUAAAACCUCCCGACUAACCGCGCUUGCUGUAGCUGGUAUUCAAAAUUUCUUAUACGAUGAUCGUUUCUAUUCGGCAUUGGAACCUGAAAAUGAAGAAAAUUUGAUGCCUAUGCAACUUCUUGGCAUACUUAAAUGUAUACCAAAUCUUCCUGAAGAACUACAAAUGGAAAUGAUGAAGAUUCUCUUGAAUCUAACUUGUUCACCAAAAUCAAUAGUUACAGCACGAGUGGUUAUACGAGUAGCUGAGGUAUGCCUUGAUUCGUAUUCUGCUAAUUCUGGUGGUUGUGUGCGUACAGCAGUGCGUGCUACUCUUACACAAUUAUUAACGGCCCUUACUGAUAAAUUAGAUAUUCCCUCGAUAAAUGACACCGAACAUUGCCAUAAUGAUAUGAUAGAAAACAACGAAGGUCAUUUAAUGGAUGACCUAGGAUUAGGACCCAACUUCAAAGAAAUGAAUGCAAUAACAAAGGAGAACGCUGACUCUUUAGCUAGGGACGUUAUUAGUGUCUUGUGCUUUAUCUCCGCGAAAUUGCACGAAUUAUCGACUGAAGCUCAUUUGAUACAUUUAUUAUUGGAAGCUUUAUUGGCUGUUUUAGACAAUCUGCCACCUAUAGUAGGACAUCGAAAGGAUUUUGUCGAUUUAACAUGGAAAACGAUUGUCCCAAUUCUCGUAUCAUUCCUUAGCAAUCCAACUACGGAUAAAUUAAUUUCGAGAGACGGUCAGGGGGAGAGGGGUGGCGGUUACUCUUCAACAAACAGUACUACUAUUUUAUCCGAACAUUCCGUAAAAACAGUGUAUCAAAUUGCCGUUCAAUUAAUAAGAAUAGUAGGUGACAUUCAUUCACUAAGAGCGCCUCUGGCAUCAUUGCUACAUAGAAUCUACCUCUAUUCUCCUCCCUCUUCAAGAGUCGAGGCUCUGAAAUGCCUUAAAGAUGUAUUAACCUCUCCGUACCAACUCACUCGGUUAGCCAGUCCGACCGUUAGUAUCCAAAGGGGAGAUGACAAACAAAGACUCUACGCUGCUGAUUUAAUGAUAAUCAAAAUAAUCAGUCGAUCUCUUCGGGAAUGUUGCAGUUGUAAAGACAGCACAGUUGUUCUGAAUUCUGUUUCACUUAUGUGUGAAUUAGUCAGCUCAUUAAGUAAAAUAACCAAAGGCAAUUGUAUCACUGAUGAAAUUAUGAUUAAUUUACUGUCAUCUGCCUCUGCAAAGCCGGUUGCAAGUGAAUCCUCUGAUAGUUUGCAGCCAAGUGAGAAUUUGGAUGUUCCGGGUAAAAUAGUUUUACCUCAUUAUACAUAUUGGAAGUCAGACGAUAGCAGCGAUUCAGAAAUGGAUCAACGCCUAAUGAAAGCUAGUCAAUUAUAUGAGAGAAGAGAUGUAGAAAGUAUUUUUGCCUCUAGACAGGAAGUUGAAGAGCUGGAAAGAGAUAACGCCAGGCAUUUUAUUGACAGUCUCAUUCAUUUAGUUCCAGAGCUGUUAGAUGCCAGCUCUAUAUCAGAAGUAGAUGAAUUAUUACUAAGUUUUUCUUCGAACUUUUGCAAAGAAAUGGAAAACAGUUCAAAAAAGGACUCCUACGCCAUCAUACUUAACGCUGAUGCUAUUUAUGUUACCACCAUUUAUGCUUUGCAUUUAAAUCUUAUUCUCAUGACUUCUUCGUUCUAUUCGUCGGAUGACGUCAAUCCGUCCAUAAAACAAGAAGAAUUUUGUGACGAGAUUCUUAACUGCGGUCUCCUCUUAUUUGUAUCACAGACCUGGUUAGAAGAAGUUUGGAUGCAGAUUAUUAGUAGAUCGAUUUUUAAGUCAUCUCAAAUUAAAUUAAAUGAGGAGGAUGAACCUAUUCUAAUUACGACCUUAACUGAUAUAGAUGGCUUAAGAAGUAGCGAAAUGGGUGGCCAAUUACUUAGAAGUGCUAAUACGGAGAGAAUCAAAUUAUCUUCUGGUAGUGCCGUGAAGGCCGGCCAGAUUGCCGCGAAAAACGUUUUAUCCACCAUUUGGAAUGAUAUGAUGGAAGUUUUGUCCACUUUAAUCACAUGUAAACAUAGUAUUGCAGGUUUCGGUGAAAGUUUAGCCCUGUUAUUUAAUGCCAAAGAAGAAAAUAGAAAGGCUCGAGAAGCCAUAUGUACUAGUUUAGACGCCCUAAGAACUGCAGCUGGUUUGGCGUACGGUUUAGGCUUACAGAAUUUAUGUGGAAGCGUUCUAGCCCAGUUGGCUGACGCUUCCUGCAGGUUGGCAGAUGGUGAAGCUCGUUUACACGCGGCUCACGCUCUAAGUUUAGAUUCUGUUUUAUCUAUGGGAUUGGAACUCGGUUCUCAUUCACCAGAUUGUUGGCAACAUGUAUUCCGAUGCUGCGCACACGUGGCUCUGCUAGAGCACACGACUUUUUCAAAAGGUCAGCACCAAUCCGUACUUCCACAAGUCACACAGAAAACGGGAAUUGAUGAGGAAGAACAGGAAGCUGUCGACGUUGUUAUUCCUAGUGAGCCAGUUGCUCCCAGUAUAGAUGUCCUUCACUUAGUUAAGGAAAGCUCAACAGGCUGGCAGUUAGAUGCUGGUGCUGUGGGUGGUGUCCUUAGCGUCGAACAAUCAGCCAGAGCAUUAUGCGGUCUAUCGCAACAAGUUGAUAGACUUUUUGAUGAGGCUGCUGCAAAAUUGAACUUGCAAUCUCUAACAUCAUUUAUUUUUGAGCUAUGCCGGUCAAGCAGAGAACAAUUAACUCUAAGAAAAACUUCUCAAUCUCCCGAUGAGAAAUUACCGGCAAACGUUAUAUUCGUUUAUAGAUUAGGCGAUAUAUUAAUGAAUUUAAUAGACUCUUGUCGACCAAUGUUACACGUAAUAAGGAGUUGGAGUUUGGUAGCGGCUCAUCUUGUUGAGGCUGCCUGUGAGAAGGAAAUGGACAUUUCUAGAAGAGCUGUUGAAUCGAUACAUGGAAUUGUUUCUUGUAUAUUAAAUUCCAGACCGGAAACUUAUUAUUUUCAUUUUCAUGAAGCGCUCUGUAAACCUUUUGAGAACUUACUGUCCUUGGAAUUGUGCGAUCCUGAAGUACAAGAUCAGGUUAUAUGUUCUUUAUGCUCUUUGGUUGAAUCAUCCGCUUCGGAAUUAAAGUCUGGUUGGCGUAGUGUAUUUAGUGCUCUAAAAUCUAUAAAAUUACAUUUAACGGCUGUAGAAGAGAUCAACGAAAGUCGAAUUAGUCAUGUUACUGCAGUUUUAGACGUUUUCAAUGCUUUUCUAUCAACCGACAAUCCGAGUGUUAUCGCUCAAGCUUCGGUAGAUUGUAUUCUAUGUCUACUUCACUAUGCUAAAGGUGAAUUAGAAGAAGAUUCCAAAGAUGAUUCGGAUGAGGACGAUGACGCGAUAUUGUCGUUGUCUGCCAUGGCUUUAAACUAUUUAAAGGAGUGUUCUAACUUACUCUCAAAAAUGAAAAUUAUGCCAGCCUGUCCAGUGUUUAGUGGGGCUUAUAGGAUACAAUUCGGUUGUAAACCUCAUCUUGUCGACGCCCAUUUUGGAUCCCAAGACCUUGAAUACAUAAUAAAUCUAUAUAAGAAUAAUCAAGAUGUCCGUUUGCGACCGGAGUUUGUUGAUGAAUUUGUCUACAAACUUGGUCUAGAGGCCGCAACAACUAUCGACGACUUGAAUGAUUCUAAAGGUGUGCUCAGAGUAUGGCUAUUAAUAUUAGAUGGACUAGUUCAUACAGCAGCUACUUGUCCAAAACAGCCGAAUAUCGUAGGAACUCUAUUUGAAUUGUUAAGAGAGACAAUAAAACCAGAACACGCGGAUUUCGGUAUACAUGUUAUAAAUCAUGUUAUUUUACCAGAAGUGCAAGCGUGGAUUAGGAAAGGCGAUGAAAAUUCGCUAAACUUAGCUAAUAUUAGACAAUGUACUGGACUUAUAACAGAUUUUAUAGUGGAAACCAUUGUUCAAUUAGUAAAUGAAUCUGAAUUAACAGUUAAAGUAGAACUAAUGUUGAAACAACUAUUGGAUGUUCUUAUGGAGUGCAUUUCACAGCCCAUUGAACAAUUAGCUAGAGUUGGCACAGCUUGUAUGAGACAUACUUUAUUAAGUGCUAGCGCUCUAUUUACUGAAAGAAUGUGGCAUAUAGCAUGCUCGGCAAUAGCAAGAGCUGGAAUGAUAUCCCUUAUACCACUUCGAGAAAUCCUAUCUCCCUUUCACGCUCAUUCAGAUAAUUUUUAUGGUGACGUUGGCUCAGUCAAAGUUGCCGUAAGACAAGAGGGUUCAGCCAUCGACGCUGAAAGAUUAAGGUCACUGGCAAAUCAAGUAUUUCUAAUAGAAGUACAAAGAAACGCUUCAAAGCCCAUCGAUUAUUCAGUAGAUACGGAUAGGUCAUUUGUCUUCUUAUUGGAACCACCUGAUACAGAUAUUCUUAGGGUUCCAUUCAGAAAUGUCGUUAUAGGAUUGAUAGCUCAUCAACAGUUAGUCAAGCUUGUCGCUGCUAUGACUCUAGAGGAUUAUUCUAGUUCCUAUUACAAUAAUAUCCUAAAUAUGUCUGCAAGGAAUGUAUUGUUAUUGCUGGAGUUGUUGAAGCAUUCUCAAUCUAUUUGUGAAGCAUUUGAUUCAAGACCCGGCCUAAAAUUUCUUGUUCAGAAAGUAGCUAGAGCGAACGUUGCUUCCAAUCUCUACGCCUUUGCAAGUAGCGCCAUCCAACUCAGAAUAAGAAUUCUUAUACAUAUUGUAUCAAACCUAACUGAUUUGUCUGUUAAUUUAACAAAAUCCUGCUUGUCCGAAGAGACUAAAGAGAAAGAAAACGAUAGAGAUAUUUGGACUAGCUCUGGGAAAGUCUCCGAAUACGGCAGCUUUUUCAUUAGGUUAUUGAAGGAGGCCCUGCAGGAAUUAUGCGUCGCCUAUGUUGAUUUAUAUCUUGAUAAGUAUACAGCUUCUAUAGUCGACAAAAUAUCGACAAAUCAGACGCUAUAUUUUCUGUUGGCGGAUGAAGGGGAGGAAAUAACUGAACUUAAACGAGAUAAGAGCUUAAAAGAUAUUGUAGCCGAAAAAGUUAAAGAAUUUUCAUCUCCAACCACCACUGGGCCAGUUCCUCUGGUUGAGCAACAAACUUUAUCUGACGAUGAAGAGCUGAAAUUAGCUCCUGUUGCACCACUUUCCAAUCGAAAAAAUAAUGAUAAAGUAUACAGUGUUGCAACCGAAAGUACUAUAAAUGAUUUAAUGAGUCAAUAUAAAAAGCGUAAAAAUCAGCACACACUGCCUUCUCCCUUCCAAAAGCAGACGAGAUCCAAACCACAACCAGUAAGAAAGCCUCGUCCAAAGAGAGAUGAUAGUAGUAGGGAACGGGAAAUUGACGACGAACAAAACGAAUCUUUAGUUAAAGAUAGUGAAGCAGCUUUAACAUGUUGGGUCACAACAGUUUGUGAAACAUUAAAUCUAUUAUAUGAAUUACCAGAUGAAAAGUUUAAGGCGCUUUUGCCUGUUGUUGUGUCUAGUGUUACUCAAUUAAUAUGUCAUUCGCGAGAUGCCAAGUUACGAGAAUCCCUGGCUAAAUGGACGUAUAGGGUUUCUCAUAUUUACGGAUUUGCUGAAGAUAAACAAAAUUGA